AUGGACACGGAGGCGGCGAUCGUGCUGGUUCAGAUGUCCAAGAGCCCCUCGAUCAUCCGCUUCCGCUCGCCGACGACAGGUAAACGCGUGCGCUUUGACGUUUUACUCGGCCAACGGAAGCUGGGGCUGUUUUUCACACCCGAUGGCGGUAACGCUGUCCCCGUUGUAACGCGGCUCCCAACUCGCCGUGGCUCGGAGGACCAUUCUUCUCUCGGCGUGCAGCUCGGAGACGUUCUAGUGGCGGUCAACGAGAUGGACACGAUCGCCGCUGGGUUUGGGCCGACUAUGGAGUUCGUCGAAUCAUGUCCUCGACCAUUGCGGCUGACGUUCGAGCGUGCUGCAAAUAACGAUGCGGAUGAUCAGUGGUUUGGUAGCCAGGCUGCAAGCGAGCAAUCCAGAGAGCAGCGAAGAGGUUCGUUCUCACUACGCAACGCCAUUCCCAGUCUGACGGCUACCGGUAUGACAACUCGAGCGCUUGCCAGCCUUCGAUGUAAGGAAUUCCCGCCAACUCAUGUUGACACACACGGUGGCGUUCUGAUUGAGUGGAAAAGCGGUCCGCUGGGGUUGACUCUGCUGGAGGACCCCAUUUCAGGCGCAUCUCUUGUGAACCGAUUGACUGGCAAAGGGUCCUCCGCCAACAUGGAGCGUUUGCAGCAUGGCUUUCAGCUCUACUCAAUUAAUGGAGUACGAACUGAAGGUCGCGCUCUCGAUGACUUGUGCCGUGAUCUCCAGACGUUACCAAAGCCCAUACAACUCGUAUUCCGUCCACCCCAUUUCGACGACUCAAGCGAUGACGAGAGUCGUAGUUCGAACAUUGUUACCCCCACCGAUCGUCCCUCGUCCCUUGGACUGCAGCUGGAAAUAUCACACGCGAACAAAACCUCUCCAACACCCAAGCGGGGCCAAUACCCGAUCGUCCACAAGGUCCUGAAGGAAUCCACUCUCGAUCUACCGAGUGACGCGGUUGGGCACCUGUUCGUAGCCAUCAAUAACUGGACCACUUCAGGCUUGACGUCAACUGAGCUUCGCACUCUUCUCCGUGUUGCAGAGAAACCGGCAGUACUUCGCUUCCGUCGACGUGAGGGCCCACCGGCGUACAGCAUUCUUUGGAGUGAAGGUGAGCUUGGAAUCACCUUUGGGUGCUACGAAGACGCCGAUCGUCAAAACGCUCUGAUCGUCUACGUGAAACGCAUUGGUUCUGGUCAGGCUUUGAGCUCUGGACUCGUGUCCGUCGGCGAUCUUCUUCUCAGCAUCAAUGGCCAAGAACUACCGCCGAAGCAGAAGUUCAAGAAGACUAUGCGCAAGUUGGUCGAUACCCGUCAGCCGGUCACGCUGGGAUUCCGCAGGCUUCUGGUUGAACGUGAACGCUGUUCAGACUGGAGUCGACACGAACACUCUUGA